AUGUUGAGAACCAUUAUUGUCACUACUCCUGAAGAUUUGGUAGCUACUGUUUAUCUUGCUGCUAAUGAGAUUCAAGGAGAAUUGGGGAUUGGUAAAGGUUCUAUUAUUAAAGCAAUCUCUGAAGCUUUUGGUAACACUGAAGCAGAGAUUGUGGAGAAGAUUAAGGAACUUGGAGAAUUAGGGCUUGUAGCUAAAAGAAGCCGUUCGUCACAAGCUAUGAUUUACAAGCCUCAACCAUUAACUAUCGUCAAAGUUUUCAAUACAUUUCGACAAAUUGCAAAGGAAAGUGGAAAAGGUAGUAAGGAGAAGAAGCAGAAUCGAAUGAAGGAAGUUUUUGUAGCAACAACAGAUUGUGAAGCUCUUUACUUAACUCGUUUACUUCAGGCGAAAUUGCGGUUAAAGUUCACGGGUCAGACUGUUUUAGCUGCUUUGGGACAAGCCGCUGCUGCGAAUAUUGUGAAACAAGUAGUCAGUGUGGUUCCUGCUUAUGACACUAUUGUUCAUGCUCUUCCAACUGGUGGUGUGUGGAAUCUUCCUAAAGCUUGUAUAUUCACACUUGGUGUACCGAUUUCUCCCAUGCUUGCAAAACCAGCUAAGAGUGUAGGUGAGAUACUGGAUAAAUUCCAGGACACGGUUUUCACCUGCGAAUACAAAUAUGAUGGACAACGCAAACAUUCCCACAGUAACAGUUCUAAAAAUCCUGCGAUGUCGAGGAAAUUCAAGAGUUUCUUGAAGCUUCUGUUGAAGAUGGUUGUGAAGUUUCUUAUACAUUGGUUUUACGGUUUGGGAUACUGUCUGCAAGGUACUGGAUUUUCUGAAGCCGAGCUUGAAGAGCGGUCUUCAAAUCUUGGCUCUAAAGUGAUUCCUACUCCAAAAAAAUGCUACCAAGUUGGAGACAGCCUCAAACCAGAACCAGAUGUUUGGUUCGAGCCUACUGAGCAGGGGCGGAGGUAG